AAAAUAACAGAUGAAUUAUACAGUUUGAAUGAUAUAGAAGAUGUAUUAACUGAUGAAGCUUCAGAUAAUUUAACUUCAUUCAGUAGUAUUGCACCUAAUGAAUCUGCAAGUAAUAUAGAUUUACAUAAUACAUCAACAUUAUCUCCCAUGUGGAGUUAUUUUAAAAAAAAUAAUAAUAUUCCACAUUGUUUAACGUGUAAUGAAAAAUUUACAAAAAAAUUUUCAACUUUCACAUUGCAAAGAUAUUUGGAACGUAAGCAUAGUAUUAAGGUUAGAAAACUAUAUCAAUUAAAGUUGCAAUUUAAACAACCUUACCUGCAUAGUCAAAGUGAUCAGAAAGAGCGAGAUUUUUGUUUAUUAGCAUGGGUAGUGUGUCAUCAACAACCAUUUUCGGUG